AUGGAAAAGACGGAGUCGGAGUUCCGUAGUCCCGGAGUCAUGAACAAAAUACGGGGUGAACAAAAUCCGCAUUAAAAUCACUUUAGAUACGCUUGAAUAAGUCAAAGGACAGGAGAAACGAUGUCAUCCGCUUGAUUUUAUUUAAUAUGAAUCGAUAUUUUCGCGGCAUUUUAGAGAAAUAACCAGAAAAUUCGUUCGCUUUGUUUAUAUCAUGGAUAAUAAAAUAAAUGGAUAGGAAACUAGCUGACGAGACCUAAUGUUUUCAAUGGGCUGAUGGCGUGAUUGGAUGUUGAAACCUAGUUGUAAACCAAAUUCUCAAAAACGGCAUGUUUAGCAAUAAUACAGCUAAACAUUUUAGUCAACGAGCAAAUAAAUAUAACUACGCCAUUCUACGAUGAAAUCUCUAAGUAUUCCCAGUCAAUUUUAGCAAAUAUUUCAAGCACUAAACAGUGAAAAAGGCAUCCCAUAUUUCGUUAAACAAUUUCGUAGCUACAAAUGUAAAAAAAUACAAAACAAAGACGAAAAACAUUUACCUUGAAUACUUUGUCGUGGCUUAGGCAUGUUUUUAAAACAAUUAGACCGGUUUAUGCUUCAAUAUUGCUCUUUUAAGGCGGAAAAUAUAGCGAAACAACAAAAAUGCAGAGAACUUUGCAAUACGCGUGACGUCACAGAUUGCAACUAGGUUGUUUUUGCUUACGUCAGCGAGAGUCCUAUCCAUUUAUUUUAUUAUCCAUGGUUUAUAUUUAGGUAAAUUAUAUUUUAUUUAAUUACUGUUUUCCAUAUUUCACGUUGACAAUACGUCGGACUCCGUGUUUUCCAUAUUUUACGACGGACUCCGUGUUUUCCAUAUUUUUCUCUGACGUCAGACUCCGUGCUUUCCAUAUGACUCCGUGUUUUCCGCAUUUUAAGACUCCGGCUCCGGAACUCAUGCAUUCUUUGCUGCUCGAGAACAGCUAUAAGGAGUUGCUUUUAAAGUUAGCGUUUUAAAACUUUCAUUGCAAGGUAAGUUUAUGUGACGUUAUAUAAUAAUGUAACCAGACACACUAAAAUGCGGUGCCCUACAAAUAAAACUUCCAGCGUUUCCGCCUACAACUAUCUAAAGUUUUAUUUAGUGCGCUACAUACAUACAUUCUCGUGUCAGCCGGCAGUUGGUUCGUAUGCUAGGAUUAAAACUCCGCUUUAAUUCUUUAAAAUCUUGAAAAUAAAUUUUUUGGACUCAAAAUACUAUCAAACUGAAGAGAAAAGUGAGACAAAUCCACUGGUAUACAAAAACAGAAAACCCGGCAACGAUACCAAAAUUAUCAAGGAUCAAACGUACUACUGCAGUUUAAGAUUAGUUUGAUAAUUUUGAGCGAUCUGUCAACAACAGUCGAUACAAUUUCGCUUGACUUUCAAAGGCCAUAAAUCGCUAGAAUACUGUUGUGUGCUAAUACAUUUGACAUCCGUAAGUACAAUUUCUUGCGCUGAAUUGAACGGUGGUAUUUUUGUCCUUAAUGGGCGCAUAAAACCACAGAUAACGCGCAGCAAAAAGUCCGUCCUGAGAAUCUGGAAAGGAGAUUUUCUUGGAAAAACGUGAAAGGAGCGGCCAGUCACAACAAUUCUUGGGUUUCAGGCUAAGGCCAUUAUGCAGUGAAUCUGACGGGGGGUUAACCUCAAAUGUAUUGAUGUUGAUGCUGUAUUGGAGUGAGAAAAUGAUAUGAAAUUCCAUGUAUUUGCCACCAAACACAAGGCUAAUACAUAAAACGAACAAUCGACUCACUCUGAUAACUGUGUUUUGUCUGUGAGAGUGACCCCCCAUCACUUCUGUGACGUCAUAUGAAACCCAAGAAUAGAAUUUCGCCAUAAAUCGCUAGAAUACUACUGCUGUUUAGAAAUCAGUCGUUAAAUACAACCUUUUACGCUGAUUCGAACGGGAUAUUUUUUCCUUGUUGGGUGCAUAAAACCAGAGAUAAAGCGCAGCAAACAGUCGGUCCUGACAGUCCAAGAUUAAUUAAUUUUCCCGCAAAAGAGGAAAUUCUGACCACGUAUUGAACUUGGCAAGGGCACCGCAAUUUGUUACAAAAAUAUUAUUGCCCUAUAAUCGUUACAUAUAUAAUAGCUUUUAGUAUGUACGCAGUGUGCAUAAUAUAUUCAAGAAAACUAAGCUUCUUAAACAAACUUACGCCCUCGUUUACUGACAUGUGUACAUACAUAUAUACAAACAUAGCCUACAUACAUCGCCUUUAUUUAAAACACGGGGAACCUUCAGUAAUAUUACAUAAUAGAUAAAGCCUACAUGUAAAUUAUUCUAAACUUAAAGAUAUAUGGAUACAUGCAUUAUAUAUUAUAUAUAAAUAUAACAAAGAUGAAACUACUGUUCUACCAGGUUGCCGUGUGGGAGUCGUCGGACAAAAGUUAAGUAACAUUAGUUUUUAAAGAUCUUUUAAAAGAUGAAACGGUGAUGAAAAUGAUCUCAGAGAUUCAUUACAAGCUAUUCCAUAAUGAAGCCCCACUAUAACUGAAGGAGCGCUUAAAAUAAUCCGUUCUAGGUUUAGGGAGAAAUAGCUUGUCUCCAGAAUCUCUGAGUCUAUAUAGUGACUAACUCUAGUUACAAACAAAUCCUGUAGAUACAUAGGUGUUAAAUUGUUCGUGACUUUAUACCGAUGAGAAUUGCUUUUUGCAUUUACGGUUAGUAUAUAAAUUAUUCCAUCCAAGUUCAUAAGUGCAGAGCUAGAUGAAGCAUCAUGGAAAGAGCAAGGAAGAGCGUGUCAUAACACGUGCAGCUCUAUUUUGGAGUUUUUGCAAUUUAUCACUCAAUUUACUACCAAGUACCAAUGCCAUCCCAAACAGGAGCGCAGCAGUAUAGCUUCUUAUUCGCUAAAGAGCGCUAAUUGGGGCUGAGACGUUUUUGCAAAUUUCAUCAAUAUGCCUUUUCCAGGUCAAGUUUUCAUCAAUUUUAAGUCCUAAAGAUUUAGAGCUAUUGACUCUUUCAAUUUGAUCAUUGCCUACAUUAAUUUCAUGGUUAUCAAAUGUUGCAAGUCUUUGACGAGAACCAAUAACCAUGAACUCAGUUUUAGCAACAUUUAAACUUAACUUGUUAACAUUAAGCCAUUCUUUAAGUUUUCCUAGUUCGAUAUUCAUAAGAUUUUCAAGCUCAUUAAAUUUAUUACUUUGAAAACUUAUGUUAGUGUCAUCAGCAUACAUUCUAUAGGUAACCCCUCAUUCAGGCAUUCGGGCAGGUCAUUGAUAGACUAAAAACAAAAGUGGACCUAUAAUAGAGCCCUGAGGAAUCCCGUAAGUUACCAACAACUGUCGGAAAAGUUUCCAUUGACAAAACACUUUUGUUUCCGAUUUGUUAAAUAUGAGUGAAACCAUGGUCAAAGCAUUAUCAUCUACUCCAUAAUGUUUUAAUUUAAGAAGAAGUAUGUUGUGAUCAAUAGUAUCAAACACUUUCUUUAGAUCAAUGAAACUGAACAACUCCAUUAAGGAGGACGUUAUCAACAUUAACACACCAACUAUUUGUAGUUUCCAACAAAGCUAUAAGAGUGCUGUGAUUUGGUAGAAAUUAGGAUUUAUAUUUCGACAAUAAACCGUUGCUUGUUAAGUAGCAAUAAAAUUGAUCAUGCACUAAUUGAAACUAAUUUUCCGAAUAUUUUAGCAACAGCCGAAAUUAUUGAUAUUGGACGGUACUUUUACUAUUACUCCGUUUUUAAAAACAGGGACCACCUUAGCAAUUUUCCAAUCAUCUGGAUAAAUUCCCUGAAUAAGAGAUUGGUUGAAUAUUUUAGUCAACGAAGGAAACACAACAUCGGCUGAUAACAUCAAAAUUCUUCCUGGAAUACCAUCAAGACCAGUGGCCUUAUUGGAGUUAAUAGUCUCAAGCAAACGAGUUACAUUUAAUGUGUUUCUAUUUCAUUAAAGGAAAAUACUGUGUUUGUAGGUUUGAUAUAAAAGGUGGGAUCGGUGUUUCAGUGAACUAUCUAUAUUAUUAGCAAGGCUUUCACCUUGAAGUAAAGUGUGAAUUAAAGGCAUCUGCAAUAGCGGAUGCAUUUGUUACUUUGUCAGGAAAUUUAAUUUCUUUGACAGUGGCUGUAUUACUAGUUUUACGAGAAUUUAACUCAUUUACAAGCUUUCAAGUUUCAGCUUUGGGUCUUUCUUGGCCACAUCAAUUCUGUUUUUAAUUAAUGUAGUCACAUUUAGCCAGUUUAAUAAGUACUAUUUAUAUUGUAAUAAUUUAUUUCUUAAGAUAUAUUAAUAUUAACAGUCUUACAACUUUCCUGUAGUGUCCGGAUUUAAAACUAUCGAUCAACGCUCGUCCACGCCACCUAUAUUUGCUAACGUCAGUCUCUAUAACGUCGGUCUCUAUAUUCUCUACACUAUUCCCCUCUAAAUUUAAUAGAUAACAAAGCUGCAAAAAUGCAGUACAAUUUAAUAGAUAACUAAGCUGCAAAAAUGCAGUACAGUCCGACAUAUAUGUAUAGCUAAAGCUAUUCAUAGUCCCGUAACCACGCUGGUUUUUUUCUCGUUCGCGCUGGUCUUUCCGGUGGGGAUUGUGACUGUCCCUCGUUUCCUUCUACUGGUUCUCGCAAUGUCUCGUCGCUACCGUCUCUCUGAUUAUCCUGUUCCAUUGAACUCAAUGGCCCAUCCUGUUGUAAUUCGUCAGGUAAAUGUUGUACGUCUUCUUGGACCUCAUCAGGUAAAUUUUGUUCGUGUUCCUCCCCGUUAAUUGCCCGACUUGGUUUACUUUGUCUCAAAUUUCUUCUAAAAUACCUCACUGUCCACUCAUCCUCAUCAUUUCCUCCGUUGGUUGGGGGUUCCGUUUGCGGGGUUUGACCACUACAAUUCUCCACGUUUUCUUUUCUCGUUUCGGUGGUUUCUUUCGAUUGCAGUUUCGUCUCGUUUGGUGGUCGAUUAGGUAGACUUUUCAACGGUCGUUCAAAACACGGUUUAAGACGAUUGUAAUGGACUACUAACCUAUUCCUUUUGUUGGCAUUUUUCUCGAUUCGAUACACCACAUCUGAAAUUUUCUUCACAAUCGUAUAUGGUCCCCGCCACGGCCGUGAUAGCUUCAAAUUCUUUCCCUUUUUGACAAAUGGUACAUACAACCAUACUUUUCCCCGACGUUGUACGUCGUAUCUUUCGCCUUCGCGUCAUAGUAGUCUUUAUAUCGCUCGCUAGAUUUCUUUGUAUUUACUCUGGUCAACUCGUAUGUUCUUUCAAAACGUUUCCUCAAUUUUUCCGCAUACUCUGAUGUAGUCGGUGGUACUUCUGCUUGAGGGGGCUCAGGUGUCAUUAGGUCAACUGGGAUUCUUGUUUCUCUUCCAAACAUCAAGAAAUGUGGAGAGAACCCUGUUGAGGUUUGCACGGUGGACCGGUACGCCAACAAUGCUUGAGGUAAACAUCUGUCCCAAUCAUCUUGACGUUCAUUGACCAACUUUGAAAGAAUAUCUUUCAAAGUCCGGUUCAUUCGUUCAACAAGGCCAUCACUUUGAGGGUGGUAUGGUGUUGUUCGGGUUUUCUUUAUCCCAAGAAUAUCGAUUAUCUCUUUGAAGACCGCGCUUUCGAAAUUUCUCCCCUGGUCCGUAUGCAGUCGCUGCAUGACUCCAUAUCUACAAAUCCACUCAUCCACCAAUUUUUGUGCAAUGAUACGUGCUUCUUGAUUUGGAAUCGCGUACGCCUCCGGCCAUUUCGUGAAAUAGUCCACGACCACCAAUAUAUAUCGAUUACCAUCAGGGGUUUUAGGUAGUGGUCCAAUGAUGUCCAUAGCAACACGUUCCAUUGGGUAUCCCGGUUGAUCCAAUACCAUCAUUCCGCGUCGUUUUCUCGACGGUCCAUUUCGUUCUGCGCAUAUCUGACAAUUCUUGCAAUGCAUCUCGACAUCUGACUGCCAGUCGCUCCAAUAAAAUCUUCUCUUUAUCACUUCUUUUAACCUCUGAACGUGCUCUGAAUGGUUUUCCUAUUAGAUAGGAUGCGAAAUGUUCCAUCGACCAUACAAGGGCCAAUAGUUCUUUCCUAGUAGUACUAUAGUUCCUUUCCGCUUUUGAUAAGGACCUGGCGGCAUAGGCAAUAACCUUUUCGUCUUCUCCAUGGCGUUGUGACAACACAGCUCCAAUCCCCGUAUCACAGGCAUCAGUAUCAAGAAUAAAAGGAAUGUCGAGUCUCGGGUAGGUCAGUAUUGGGGCCGUUAUCAAUUUUGUCUUUAGAAUGUUGAAUGCUUUCUGACAAUCGUCGUUCCACUUGAAAACCGUUCCCUUUCGUUCAAGUCUAUAAAGUGGUUCGGCAAUUCUUGCGUAAUCCCGGAUGUAUUGCCUGUAGUAACCCGUGCAGCCAAGGAACGAACGCAAGUCCGAUAGGUUGUUUGGAGUAGGCCAUUUCUCCAGGACUUUCACCUUAUCGGGAUCAGUCGAGAUCCCUUCCUUACUAACGACAUGUCCUAAAAUAACACUCCGCUGUUGGACAAACUCACAUUUUCUUGCGUUCAAUUUCAACCCUGCAGUUUCUAAUCUUGCUAAUACGUUCUCAAGACGCUGAUUGUGCUCUUCUAGUGUCCUCCCACUCACAAUAAUGUCAUCCAAAUAUACAACACAGUCAGUCCAGCACAGUCCCGCCAAAAUCGUAUUCAUAGCUCGUUGAAAUGUUGCCGGUGCAUUAGUCAACCCAAAAGGCAUUCUUUUAAACUGAAAAUGUCCGUCUGGUGUGGAGAAAGCUGUUUUCUCGCGAUCUUGCUCCGCGACUUUGAUUUGCCAAUAACCUCGCACUAGAUCCAGAUGAAUGAAGUAGGCUGCCCCCGAAAGCGAUUCUAAUAUUUCGUCGCAUCUCGGUAGAGGGAAAACAUCCUUCUUCGUAAUCGCAUUCAGUUUACGGUAGUCGAUACAGAAACGCUCGCUCCCGUCUUUUCACCAGCACCACCGGAGCCGACCAAGGGGAUGUGGAAGGUUCAAUCACGUCGCUUGCACGCAUCGAUUCCACUUCUUCUCGUACAACCUCACGCUUAUGAAACGGAAAUCUACGCGGUGUAGCUUUAACUGGGAUAUGUUGACCAGUGUUAAUAAAGUGUUGGACAUCUCUCGCCUCUCCCAAGCCCGUGUUUUCGUUUCCUCGCAUUGAAGGUCAGCUUGUGGAUUUUCCUUUGUUGGUCUGGCUGAAUUCUAGACUGUAAUGCGUUCACUAGGUCGUCAAAACACGUCUUCUCGUUAUCUUGAAGCGUCAAGUAGAUUCGCUGAGCUCUACCGCGAAGAGAAACAGCUAGCUGUUGGCAACACUGUGUGUCGUCCCAGUUGUUUAUCUGAGCACACAGCUUGAAGUGACUAAUCCCCUCGUUCCACGGGCCGUCCGAGUAGUUAUCUGGCUUUGCUUUCUGAUUAUUUACUUGAACCACGGGCAGGUUUAAACUCGACGAUGGCGUCGCAUCGUUUUCUGUCUUCUCCAGUUCCUCAACACGCUUGGUAAGUCUCUCAAUUUCUUGAAGUAAUUCAGCGCUAGACAUUCUUUAUAUUUUGUUUGCCGCUGCCACCAAUGUAAUAAUUUAUUUCUUAAGAUAUAUUAAUAUUAACAGUCUUACAACUUUCCUGUAGUGUCCGGAUUUAAAACUAUCGAUCAACGCUCGUCCACGCCACCUAUAUUUGCUAACGUCAGUCUCUAUAACGUCGGUCUCUAUAUUCUCUACAAUAUCAUUACGUGCAUUAUAUUUUUGUACUGUUUUCUAUAUUCAUAUUAUGUUCACUAUAUUAUGUUGUACGAAAACUGAAAUAAUUUUAGAUUUUGCAUGAUUAGCUUAGAUUUUUAUCGUAUGCAUGUUAAUUAGUUUGAACACGGCCCGUGAUAAAUAUGUUUAAGUACUACUGCUACUGUAUUAGAUAAAACAUGACCAGCCGAUCUUUAUCUGAUAAUAAUAAUAAUAUAUGCAGUAUCAAUAAUUAAUAAUAAUAUAGUAUCAACUGAAGUGGUCCAUUUUAAAACGAGCAACAGCGUGUGUGCCUGGCGGAAGGCGUUGUAAUUUGUGUAUAGACUGAGAUCAAUUAAAAAUAAUGAAGUCAUGAGAUAAAUGAACCAAUCUGUUGAACCAUAGGCAGCCCAAAAGCUAGGGGUAUUAGAGCGAUUAAUGCUAUGGGUUAGCCUGCAAAUCAACCAAGCACGCAAGCACCGUCUCGUGUUCUCAAAGUCUCAAUAUUUAUUUAUUUGUUCACUUAUUUAACUUUUCCUAAAACACUUAAUAAGAACAACAAAUAGACAUCUAGACAAUAAACAUGGGCAAGAAUGGCAGGGACACCACAGCAGUGUAAACCAAUUACUGUGGGCCCUUAUACAAAAACACGCACAAUACGUUAUGAUUAUUUCUAAGGUUGGCAAGUAAAUCAACAUUUACAUCGCUAGCUAUACCUUGAAACUAUCGAAAAAUACUCAACAUAUGUUAAAAUCUACGCUAAUAUAAUAGCAAAACUUGAAUCUACGAUAGUUUUACUACAUUCUUCAUACUACUUUCUUUUGAGAAAAAUUCGGAAUUUCAGUCCUAAAACGACUGAAAACAUUUUCCAGCAAUUUGUUCAAUGUUUUGACUGGCACUAUGCUGAAUGCCCGAAAAGCGGGACAAACAGCAUUUUCAUAUGGCGCCAAUACAAAAUCUCAUUGGUUCGGUUUUUCGGCAGCUUGGGGAAGACCCAGAGGGGAGGACCAUUAGGACGCGGUCACGGUUCAGCUUAACCACUGAACUAUAUAUAACACUGAAGUGCGUGCUUAGCGCGACUUUCCUUAUAAGCGCUUGUUCAAAAAUAUAUUGCGUUCUAACGUGUGCUUUUCCAUAUUAGAAUUUUUUUUUCAUUUAGUUUCGAGGAGCUGUUGUAGUAGAAUGUUGACUGACAAAAUUUUACUCACUUUGGGAGUUGUGGUCACUAUCUCAGCCUUGGGUAGGAAAAUUGUCAAAUUUUUACUCGAAUAAUCAAUUUUCACUGAUGAAUAAUCAGACGACAAACUAUCAUUAACUAUGUUUUCUUCGAAAGGGAUAGCUUGAGAAUCGUGCUUGCUUUGAUAUCUGUGCAAUAUGAGCUCCACCUUUGAAUUUACCGUAUAUGAGUAAAUUGUUAAAUUAAACACGUCCGAAUUUAUCAAUAUGAUAAAUUCGCGGCACCUAACCCUUAACACUAACCCCAAUCCUAACCCCUAAUCUAACUUUUUUUUACUUUCGUUAACUUUUUUUUUACUUUUUUAAACUUUUUUUGAAGAUCGAUCUUUAAAUAUUUUAUUUGUUUCAAAAUUGUUAUACGUGUAGAAAGCUAAAAGAAGUUUUCGAGAAUUUAAAUAAAUAUUUCAAUGAAAGUUGAGUAAAGCUAAUUCUUGGCUACGACAAAGAAUAUUUCAAGAGGUCAUAAAUGCAUUGCAUCUUGUUGUUUUAGGGAGUGCUCUGACAUGCAAUGUCUGUUCUUACACAUCAAAACAACCAAAAGCACAGCAAAUGUGCGGAAAUUCAACAGUAAACUGUACCACGGGAUACUGUUACACAACGAAGUAUACUACGGCUGACGGCACAGUAAAUAUUGCUAGAGACUGUGCCAACAACAAUCCUAGCGAUAAGGAUUGUCCCGAUGGUAAAGAAACAUGUGAACGCAGAACCAAAGCACAUGCUUUGAAAUAUUGUGUUGCUUCGUGCUGUCAGACUAAUAAUUGCAACAAUGAUUAUAUCCCCGCCAGCAGUACACCAACCAAGAGUGCACCAACCAGCCGUACACCCACCAGCAGUGCAAGUGGUAUCAUGGCGACCAAAUUCAUUCUGUGUUUGAUGGUGCUUCCUGCUAUUCUUUUCGCUUGA